UUCCCUGGGAUGAACGGGACCGCCUUCCCUCCUCCUCCCUCUCCCUUCCCCAAUGGAUUUCCCUUCCAUUUAAGGACCCCAGCUUUUUGUUCUCAGCUAAUGGAAUUUCAGGACCAGAGCCAACACAAGAUGAAUUAGUAUGAAGACUGUAUUCUCUGAGCCGCUGCAGAAUGAACCGAGGAAGGAGCUGAUAUGGUCUCAGGAAUUGCCUAAUCCAUCCAACACAAGGACAGGUCCCCAGGGGAAUGGCACCCCUGACCCCAGAAGCUGAAACUGUCAGAGAUUGGGGUCACCUUGUGCAGGACCGCCACCUGCUGGCCAAUACGGAAGCUACCGUGGGGGUCUGGGAAGGAUUGAGGGGGAGGGGAAGUGCCUCUAUCUCUGUCGCUUCCAUCAGACAGGACAAUGAACCUGAUAUCUCCAAAAGCAUUAUGAGAGAGGACUCCAUGCAGGAAUUUAGCUCAGUUUCUGAUCCUCAGGUGGACAUGAGAGGAAGUGUGGCUUGGGUCCUAGGCCUAGCCUGGACCAUGAAUCUCCUGGGAACUCAAGGGAUCUCAAGGCUGACUGGAAAUGAUGGUGGUUUUGAUAACCCCAAAUGCCUAGGUUUGAAACAAGUAAAUGAGGAGCUCAAAUUCAAUGGGGCACCAGGUUGGUGUGGACUCCAUCCUACUGGUUCUCCUAUAAUGGCAGGUAUCUGCCUGAUUUGGGAUCGCUGUGGGGGUCUGAGCCCCAGGUGUGAAUCUUUCCUACAAAACCUCUCCAAUUUCCUCCACUGCUCACCAUUGGGAGCCAACUGGACCCAUCUGGAGAAGCCCAGAAGUAUCCAGGCCCUGCCAAUCUGUGCUGCCUUCUGUGACCAAUGGUUUUUGGCUUGCAAAAAUGACCUGACCUGUGGUCGGAAUUGGCUGUCCCAACCAGGAGGGAGUUGUGAGGGUGGUUGUCUCACCUUUGAUCAGGUGAGAACCUCCCCAGAAGUCCAUUCUCAAGCAGUCCUGGGCUGGUCCUACAGACCUUCCUAGACGCCAGAGACCUGUGCGGUUCUGCGCUUGGAGACUACCUGGUUGCUGCGCCUGCUCCCUGUCCCUGCCUUCAGCCCUCCACCUCCGACCCGCAACCGCCUGGCCCAGAGAUCCCAUUCGGCAUCGCCUGUCCAGCUUGGCCACAGCUCCCACCUCGAGGGCGCCGGGGCAACCGGCUCAGACGCGCGUUGCUCCUCCCGCCUGGGGGGCUCGGCAGUGGCAGCGGCAGCGGGAGUGGCAGCGGCCCCUAGAGGGUGCGCUCUGCCCGACUACCGCGAGCGGGGAGGGAAAGGAAAGGAGAGCUGUGAGCUCCGAAAGCCACUCAGUACCGCGGUGAAAUCCAUGAGAAGUCCUCUCCCAUCAGCCCUCUGCCCUCAACUCCAGCCUCUGGCUUCCCCAUGCUGCUCCCUCAGAUUUUGUUCUCGGACCCCAGAGUUAACAGUUCAGGAAAAUGGAAUACAGCACUGA